ACCCUCAGGGUAGUGCUACCUACAAUGUUGUUUGCUCAGAAAUCUGAUUUCCUUGCAGCUCCAACACGAGAGUGAUAGCAAUAUCCGUUGCUGCGCUGGGCUUGCUGUUGAUAGGUGGGGCUGUCAUAUUUGCUUUCACAGCUUUAUCCGGUGGCGACACUGGCGAUGCUGGCGGCGCUGACGACUCUGCCGGUGGCAGCGACGGAGGGGUACAGUAUGAUCCUCCCAGUGGUGUGGCCUCCGCGGACAGCCCGUCUUCAACAACUUCGUCUACGACAAGUACCACUACAACAACUACGACAACUACGAGGCGUCCCCUGACCGACGAAGAACUCACUGAACUGGCUGAAACGCGUCCGAUCACAGUCCUCUUCGUCGGUGACCACAGCCACAGUACGAUAUCGAAGGAACAAUUCCUGAUAUAUGCACAAAGCCAGCUUAAUAUGAUCAAUGCAGCCUUUGCAGAAAAUAACAUCAAGCUGAAGAUGAAAGUAUACGACACCUAUGUGCUGAAUGAGGAACAGGAAAGAAACCACCUCGUGGAAAUUCCUGGGAGACAGUUUCAGUCAAUUGACGCAGAGAGAACCUCUGAGAGACUUAAGGGAAGAAUAGUUGAAUACCCUGGGGUCAACGAGUCCGACAUCGUCUACGUAUUCACGAGAAGGCUCCUCAGCACGGAAGGUUCUCAGGAGAAUAUUUUGGUCAGGUACGAAGAUGAAACAGGACCCUGUGGAGGACGUUUGCUGCCCAACAUCUACUACGACCCUCCCUUUUCCUACGUAGCUAUUACACAAUAUAUGUGGUCCAACACCCUGGUCAGGAUAGCGAAGACGAGUGAAUGCAAUGACACGCAUCUUGAUCAGUGCUACCAACAUCUCAUCCCUGCAUAUAAGGACGACUUGAAUAGAAGCCUAUGCUACACAACGACAGACACGCAAAAUGCGCCUACAUUUUCAGGAGUAGUAGGAUUCAACGUAGAUAAUUUCUGUAAGGCGAGCGCUACUUUAAAUGGACUAACAGCGGGCAAAGGCUCUACAGUGAGCGAAUCGUGUACCACGCCGUGUGGGGUUUCGAGACACUGGUAUGGCACCAAGUUCCUUGGUCCAUGCAAGGCUCCGCAGACUACAAUCUGUAGCAUUCAUUGCACAAAAGACCCCAUUGUCCAUCGUGCAAGGAACCUAGCAAGCACACAGUUUAUCGGUUACUUUUCUGCUGGGUACCCUGCCAUGUUGGGAUACCAGAAAAUGAAAAGGCCGAUCGAGCAGCUGCUGCUGCCCUAA